AUGAGUUCGCCAUUUGAACUUGCUGACAGGAGUGCCACGGCCAACUUCGAUGUCCGGUCGGCAGAGACUGGCCUGGAGACGCAAAGCUUAUCGGGUGAGUCUGCCAUGGAUGUGGACCUGCCAACGGAUGGGCCGCACAACGUCGCAAACCGACUCAAAAGCACCGGUCCGCUGCCAGAGUCGACCGAGACCACAUUUACAGGCGUGGCCAACUCGACUGAGAGGGCCAUCGAGCACGAUCGGACGCUGGCUGAGCCAUCUAGCUUCGCCUGGAAUCAGUGCCGUGACAAAGACAUUAGCGCUCGAGUCUGGGUCAAGCAGCAGGCCGUCGAUGAUGCUCUAAAAUGUCUGCUGGAAAUUCGUCACGAAAUCCUCACAGCCACGAGGAACGAGACUUCUGGGCACGAGGCAUCCGAUAAUAUAUUCGACCAAGAUGUCAUCAUCCCAUGGAUGGACGAGAUAGCCAAACUCAACCAGGAGUACCAAGAACUGGAGAUUCUGGUAGGCGUUGCAGGGCAGACAGGGGCGGGGAAAAGCACGAUUUUGAACACGCUGCUGGAAGUGCCAGAGCUAUUGCCUUCUAGCAACUCUGAGGCCUCGACGUCGUGUGCCUGCAAGGUUUUGUGGAACAGAGACAACCGUCCCCAGCAUAGAUUCAGGGCCGAGAUCGUGUUCCGCUCCCGCAAAGAUGUGGCCAAGGAACUGGAAGCCACAUACAAGGAAAUCCGAGACCGCGACGCAUACGCCGAAGAUGAAGAGGACGACGACGAGGAUAGGAUGCACCAGAUAGCCGAAAUGGAAGCGCAGAUUUCCGAAGGGCUCAAAAAGAUUUCCGCGGUAUGGGGAGUCAAAGAAGAGGAACUCAAGGACAUGACGGCAGAAUCGCUACUUGAAUCCAACCAGGACGUGCUGGCGCUCCUCGACACCACCAAGAGAAUUUCAUCCGCUGACGCCGACGAGUUUUCCGAAAUUGUCAAGCCGUACAUUGACGCAUCAGACAACACGUAUGGGUUUAAGGCAUGGCCCCUCAUCAACGAAGCGAAGCUGUUCAUCAAGGCCGACAUCCUCAAGCACGGGCUCGUCCUGGUAGAUCUACCUGGUCUUGCAGACGCAGUAGAAAGCCGUGCUCAGGUCACCGAGAGGUUUCUGCAGGCAUUGGAGAUCACUGUAAUCGUCGUGCCCGCACGCCGUGCCGUCGACGGAAAGACGGGGGUUCAAUUAAUGAGCGAUUACCAGACCGUGUCUAUGCAGAUGGAUGACAAGUUCAACAAGAAGAGAUUUUGCGUGGUCGUCUCCCAGAUCGACGAAAUCGACUGCGAUGUCUUUGUCAAGAGCACACAGUCUCCAAAGACAGACAAGGCUCUCCAAGACGACAACGAGCAGGUAAAGAGGCUCAUAACAAGCCUACGCCCAAUCGAGUCGCAAAUCAAGACGGAGCAAAAAACGUUGACCGACAUGGACUCGAAGCUAAACAGCUAUGACAGCGAGGUCAAGGCUUUGACGGCUUCUGGCCCAGGCGCGCAAAAGGUGAAGGAUGACAGGAAGUUUAUUACAAAAUUAGCAGGUCUGAAAAUCAAGAAGAAGGACCUCAACAAGGAGCGCAGAAAGCAGAAGACCGCUCUUCGAAAGCUGGGAAACUCGCGGGCGGGCAUUAACAAAGAGCUCGAAACGAUAGAGGGCAGACUUAGGUGGGCAUGUAUGAGGAUGAACGGCGAACGCAUAGCCAAGGCCAUCCGGAGCGACUUCAAGGAGCGGCAAAAAAAACUCUUGAGCGAGAAGACCAAAGGGGCGGCGGCGUCGGGGGGUCUCUACGAUGGUUCCGUCGAGGUAUUCCCCGUCUCCGCCAUGGCAUAUCGAGACCUCCAAAAGCCGAAAAAGGUCUUGGGGUUUCCGUCCCUAAACUAUACGGGUAUCCCGUGUCUCAGCCGGUGGAUCAGAACGACGACGCUCGAUAAGCGUAAUGAGCACUUGGAUCGCCUACUCAAUGCUCUGUGCCGGCUCUUUCUCGAGAUACAGAGUUGGUCUACGAUCCAGAAUGGAAGUCGGCUUAUUGCAUCCUCGCGUCAGUCGAUUGAGGAUAUCCUCUUGAGCAUUCAUUUCAUAUAUCGCGAGAAACUCGGUGACCAUCUCAACAACGGGUCAAGAAAGAUUCGGGAAAUGAACCCUCUGGGUGACAUCAACGCACGCCUCCAGGCUUGCACCAAAGUGUCGGGAAUGGCCGUGACGAGGUGGCCUGUGAAAAAUCCGGAGGACAAGACAUCAUCGCUCCUGAUGCACUGGUCAGCACCUCUCCUCCAACUCAUCGCCAAAGACUGGUUCUCCGUGUUCCACGUCCAGAUCCCCGCAGCGGAAAACCCCCUGAUGGACAUAAUCGAGGCGAUCUGGGAGGCCUAUCUCGACCAUCUGAGAGCUCAGGUCCAGGCCAUAGCCCCCGGUGUCCUGCCUCACUUGGAGGCCGGCAUUCCCGCCAUCCAAGCAGUCAAGAACGAGAUCCGGGACAAAAUCCGCAAGGCUCUCGAAGACCUCUCGAGAUCGUCUUCCAAAAUCCACCCCCAAUUUGUGAAGACGCUGAAAGAAAAGCUGAACCCAAUUUUUGCCGGGGCUCUCAAGGAAAAAGGCGAGAACCAAUUCCUACGCCAACGGGCGUACCUCCGCAACCAAGUGAAAGCCGAGUGCCGGGAACUGUGCCAUGCGGGCUUCACCAAGAUGGUAGAGCAGUACAUUCAGAACGUAGGGCAGCUGGCGCACGAGUUUAGCGACAUCUCAGCCUUUGCCACGGACAAGGUCAAGGGCCAGAUCGCGCUGCUGCUCAACAACUUCCAGUUCGAGGACAAAAACAACAUUGGCUCGGCACGCGACGAGCGCAAGUUGCUACUCCAGCAGCGGCUGGGAGCCAUAGUCAUGAAGUGGCUCGCCGACUGGCGGGCGCCGAAGCAAGACGAUCACUCUCUCGUACUUAAGAACGUCGAAAUCCCAUUCGAUUUCGCCGAGGAGAGCAACGAGGCCGCGGAGGACGUCGAGAACGGCCAGGAUGAGAUUGGCGACGAGAAUAAAGAGGCGGGCAAGGGCGACCUUGCCGAGGCCGACGGAGGCUAUAAUCCUCUUAUUAAAACGGAAGAGGACGAGUCUGCCAUUUAG